AUGUUAUCUGCCAGUACUGUGGCUCACGAGGAGGCUGGUCUAGUGCAGGGGGUGGUUGACGCAGCUGCAAGCGUUGGUGGUAAGGAGCAAAAAAAUCAUGAUGAGGAUGAGCAAGGAGUAAGCGAAGAGGGUGAGGAUGGUGGUGGGAGUUCAGGAUCAGGUGUGCCGCUACAGGGCGAAGAUGUGAUUCCUACGGCGAUUGUGAUCAAGAAUAUUCCGUUUGCGAUUAAGAAGGAGCAGUUGCUUGGUGUUAUUGCGAAGAUGGAUUUGCCGUUACCUUAUGCUUUCAACUAUCAUUUUGAUAAUGGGGUUUUCCGCGGGUUGGCUUUUGCCAAUUUUACGACUACUGAGGAGACCACGCAGGUGGUGGAGAGUUUGAACGGGAAGGAAAUCGGUGGUCGGAGGUUGCGGGUGGAGUAUAAGAAGAUGUUGCCGCAGGCAGAAAGAGAGCGGAUCGAGCGGGAGAAACGGGAGAAACGGGGCCAGUUGGAGGAGCAGCAUAGGUCUGUAUCCAAUGUGUCGUUACAAUCGAUAAACAAGAUUUCUUCCUCUUCGGUGAUUGCGGGUGGAAGUUCCAAUACUCAGCUAUUCAAUAGUUUUGUCAACGGGCAGAGUGGUGGCAACGGUUCUACUGCUCAGUCUCUUGCUUCUCCAUCGAUGUCAUCUCAGAUUCUCUCUGCACAGAACAAUAGCCAUUCCAUGAGUGUCUCGAAACAGCAGGCACCUGUGUCUGUGACGGAACGUUACUACGCGCCGUUGCCCUCGAUUAUGAACUUGCCGCUUCCUCCGCAGCAGUUGGAUUUCAACGAUCCUGACAUUUUGGAAAUUUAUUCACAGUUGUUGUUAUUUAAGGACAGAGAGAAGUUGUACCAUGAAUUGGCGUAUCCAAUUGGUCUGUCUGCGAGCCAGAAGCGCAUAAUAAACGUUUUGUGCUCCUUUCUGGGAUUGGUUGAAGUUUAUGAUCCAAGUUUUAUCAUCAUUAGAAGAAAGACUCUUGACCAUGUCGCGUUACAAUCCCACUUACAACAACAGGGCCAGAUGACUAUUAUGCAGCCGCUACAAGCCAGCUCUACUGGAGGCUCACUGCAGAGAUCUCAAUCUUACACCAGUGUAUUACAGGCGCAUGCGGCGGCUACGGUUGCCGCUGCUGCUCAGCAGCAGCGGCAACAACCGCAACAAAAACAGCAGGGACACCACCACCACCACCACCAGCAGGUACAGCACCACCACCACCAGCAUUCCCAGGGUUCGCAGCAACAGCAAUCUCCUUCGCAGCCACAGCCGCCCCCAUCUCCAGGUGAAAUCUUUUUGCAGCCCAUAUCGCCCUAUGAAAAUUUGAGUGUUGCCCAGCAACAGCAGCAACAUUUGAGGCCACAAGGUACCAAUCCUUUGCUGCAAAACAGAAUACCAUCAGGAUACACCGCAUCACACACUCCAUCUUCUUCCCUACUCAGACAACACGGCGUGUCUCCACCACAAAACCAAGUCCCAAUGAACUCGAAUUCUUCAAGUCGUAUCUCCAAUCUACUAUACAACCCGACUACUUUGGCGCAGCCAACUGCCUCGGCAUUGCAUAAUGACGCAAGAUUCCAACCCGGACUACAUCCCAUUGACGCUAAUGUUACAGCAAACAACGGGAACACCUCCAACUCAACAGCCCCAUUGGUACCCCAAAAUACCGACGGAAGCGUACACUCAAACUACUCGUUGCAUUCGAUCCACGACUACGUCCAACUAACCUCAGCCGGAAACACCGCUGACAUCAAUGCCUUGGAAGAUGGUUUGACAAGAAGCCUCAGCGGUUUGGAUCUAGGCAAAAGAAAUGUCUGA